CAGCGCAGCAUGCAUGCAAUUGACAGUGUGUUAAUCUGACCUUAGGCAGCUUAGCCGUGCAUGUUGACAUAGCUGACAACGCCUAGUUUGAUAAGCUGCUUACAGCGCUUAACCACGGGAUUAUUCAAUUCAGUUUGGGUUGAGCUUGGAAAAUAGGAAAUAUUUGACAAGCGUGGUCACAUUUCUAUCGAUCUCCUCAUCCUGUGAUACGUAACCAGGUCAGUUGGUUGUAUUUUACUGACGAAACCGUGCCUCAGAGAUCGAUAACAUCUGGUGAUCGGCCAUAUGUUAUAUGGUAAUACAGUGUCAUCUUCACUGAGUAUGCGUGAUGCAUCACCUGUCAACUCAGUUCAACAUAUAGGUACAGGAAUUGAUUGAUUCAAAAGGGAUAUGCACUACUAUCAAGGAACACCUGUAAGAAACCAUUGUGGCCUAUGAGGAAAUUACGUGACGCGUACAGUUAGAUAAGAGAACAACAAACACUUUAUUCAGCGGGUGACACUGAUAACGACGGACCUAUUCAGCCCCCAGCUAACAUUACUCAUUUAUUGGUGUCCAUGGUAUUUGAUGACAAGCACCUGAGGGUGAAUUCCUGCACUUGUGUAUACAUGCUGUCACAGCAUUAUUAAUUAACUAUUCACCGAAGUGGCUUGAUUUCCAGGAACCAUGCUGAGGACACGGAGAUAGCGGUAGUCAGGCCGCAGAGUGAGAUCUGGAGGCACCACCAUGCCCCACUGGGCGGAAAAGGGGAGGUUGUACCGCUUUGGGUUUGGUGUUAUGAUCCUCGGAUUUGUAGGUUUCACCGUAGCUUUUGGAGUGCCUGCGUGGAAACGUGAAGGUGGGGAUGGUGACACACCUGUGCUAUACUCCGGAUUGUGGCAAUACAUGUGUGAUGGACUUACCAACUGCCGGACGUAUACUGGGGUAGAAGGGGAUACGAGGCUCCUAGUAUCCAGAGUGCUGGCGUGCAUCGCUCUGGCUUUCUGCUUCAUCUCGCUGUUUCUCAUCUUCCUCCAUAACUGCACAGCCUACUCAAAAAGUCUUCAGUCAGAAAAUGCCUUCGUCUCUGUGUUCCCCGUUUUUUGUGGUGGUCUCUCCCUGGCGUCAUGUGUUGUAAACCAAGCGAUAGGCACCAUCGGCUGGGGGGUCAUACUAGGAGUCACCGGCAGUUGUUGUUCAAUAGCUGGAGGCAUGUUCAUGUGCUUGGGGUUACAUUUUGACAGGCGUAGAGCAACCAGAACUGAACGUACUUCAAAUCCAUAUCUCCAUGGCCAGACUGCCUUCAACCGAGACAUGACGGCAAUGGCAAUUCCUAUGGACGCCAUUCCUUCUGAUCGGUCACAGGCAAAUAUGCAAGUUUCUUCUAUUGCCUCGAGUACAAACACUGUUCCACAUCUAGCGACACAGGUGGAUCAACAACCGAGACUAGACCCAUCUGCCCCACCGCCCGACCCUGACUUCCUUUACUACUGACUUCUGCACGGAGGAUCAAAGGGGUGCUUGAACGUUGGAACCACAAGUUUGAAGAAUGAUUGAAACAUAUCAGUGAGAUCAAGCGUAUAUCUGGAUUCAAGUGAUCAUCGUCUGUUUUUCCGGUGUAUUUAUGGCAGUGUCCAGUGUGCACUAUUGGUGUCAUCGGAACAUGCCAUUUAAUCACAACCAGUGAACGAUGUAGAUUUAGUUCUUGCCACAUUAAUCUAUUGGCGUCAAGGUGAUUUAGAUUUUGGUAGCAGAACUUGACAUAAUUUUGAAGAAACAGUUACAUCAAUUCCCGAUCGGGAAAUAUAAUUUUAUUAUUUUAUCGCAAUCAGUGAAAGAUGAAUGUAUGGACUGUGUGUACGUCCUAUAUUAUUUUAGUGUCAGUGAGUGUGGGCCUUGGUAGAAUAGCUUUACAAAAUUUUGAAGAAACAACUGCAGUCAUUCCUUAUCAAGAAAUAAUAUAUUAUCAUGAAAUAUUAUCACAGCCAGUGAACUGGGAACUUGUUUAAUAAGGGCUCGCCACAAACAGUUAUAAGCGUCAAUUAACACUCAGUGUUAUAAGAUUAUCGACCACCUCCGUGGUCCAGUGGACAGAGCGUCCCCCUGGAGACCUGAGGGUCAAGGGGUUGAUCCCCUUCCGAGUCAUACCAAACAAACGUUAAAAGAUGGUACUUGUUGUUUCCUUCCCUGGCACUCGACAUUAAGGGCCAAAACAAGGAGUCAGUAUAUUGUUUCUGAGAGGGGUAUUCGUGUUAAACUGUAU